AUGACGCCCGCGGUGUUCACCUGUCGCGUCGCGUCGUGUGUUCCAGUGGCGGUGAGCUCGCCGGCGCCGCAGGGUCAGCACGGACAGCCGCAGGCGGGCUCCCCGUCGACGCCCAACCCGGGCGGCGGCGGUCCCAUCAUCCGCAGGGGCCGCGUCUGGCGCGAGUGGCGCCGCGGAGACCCCACGCUCAUCAACAGCCUCUGGAAGAGCAAGACGCCGCUCGGCAACGCUGAGCCGUACAUCGUGCUGGCGCUGCUGAUCGGCUUCGUGACGGUGGUGAUCGGCUGCUGGCUGUCGGACAACUGCUGGUCGCCGGAGCCGGAGCAGCUGGUGACGCUGGCAUAG